GCUGCAAGCUUGCUUCAGCGAUCUCCAGAGCUAGUUCCAUAUAGUAAUUCCUGAACACCUCACGGAAAUGGCGGCCGUUGUUUAGUAACCUGGACGCUGUGGAACUAUCAAGAUGGCGAGACAGAAGUAAAAUGCUGUACUUUAUGGUUUUAUUUUUUAAUUGAUAACAGAGCAGCUCAGCCACUUUUAUCUGAUUCGCGACUUGUUCAGAAUCGACAGAGACGCUACCAUGCCAGAUACAGAUGAGGAGUUGGUGUUGGCAUCAAUUAAUUUUUACUGCCAGGAAAAAUAUUUCAGUCAUGUACAGAAUGCUGCAAAUGAGGCUCUGAAGAAGUAUAGCAAUGAUCCUGUCUUCACAUUUUUCCAUGCCUAUGGAAUUCUAAUGGAAGGCAAAAUUCAAGAGGCCAUUCGGGAAUUGGAAAGUAUUAAAGACCGACGAGAGGUGUCACUCUGCACUUUGAUGGCCCUUACUUAUGCCCAUAAGAAAAGUCCACUUCCAGAUCGAGAUGCUAUCCAAGAGCUGGAUGCUAAGCUGAAGGAAGAUCGCAAGAGUGCAGGUCAGAAGGGACUGUAUUUUGCAGGGCUGUUUCUUUGGCAUCUGGGCCGCAAUGACAAAGCAAGAGAAUACAUUGAACGGAUGAUUAAGAUUUCCAAUAGUGCUAAAGAAGGGCUAAUCUUGAAAGGAUGGAUAGAUGUGACAUCUAAUAAAGAUUCCUAUGUCAAGAAAGCUGUCAAGUACUUUGAUGAAGGAUUAAAGGAAAAAGCAGAUGUUUUUGCUUUAAUGGGAAAGGUACAGUAUUUCGAGCUGCGACAGAACUACUCUGGAGCUUUGGAAACUGUCAACCAGAUUAUUGUUAACUUUCCUGGAUUCCUCCCUGCCUUUAUAAAGAAAAUGAAAUUACUGUUACAUUUGCAAGACUGGGAGCAGACUGUUGAAGCAGCACAUAGGAUUUUACAGAAGGACAGAAAUAAUCUUGAAGCACUAAGAAUGCUGGCACUCCAUUCAUUAUGCAGAGAGGGAGACGUGAAUGAGUGUUUAAAUCACCUCACUAACCUUGUUGGGAACCUGGAACGACAUGAGCCUAACAAUUAUGAGCUUUUCUAUAGGAUGUCAUUAGCUUUUACAAGAGUGUGUGGAAGAAAUGAGAAGAUCCUUUUGCAAAUGCACACUUUGGUGGAGAGAGCUUUUUCCAUGGCUCCAGGUGAUGCAGAACUGGCCACUGAACUUGGCUAUCAGUUGGUUCUGUGGGGGAAAAUAAAGGAGGCAGUAAAGUGGUACAAAACAGCAAUGACAUUGGAUGAGACCAGUGUCUCUGCGCUGACUGGAAUCAUUCAGUGCCAGCUAAUUGAGGGGCACCUUGAAGAUGCAGAGCAACAGCUUGAGUUUCUCGCUGAAAUCCAGCAGUCUAUAGGAAAAUCUGGGGAACUGUCAUACCUGAGAGCAGUUUUAGCAGCAAAGAAGUACAAGUCUCAGGAGGAAGUCAUAAACCUGCUUAAUGAUGCUAUGGACACACAUUUCUCUGCUCUGCAAGGACUGCCACUUGGGGUUGAAUACUUUGAAAGGCUCAAUCCGGCCUUCCUGCUGGAAAUUAUCAAGGAGUACAUUGCUCUCUGCUCAACACAGCCACCAUCUCAAGGACGGCCUGCCUCCCCCCAGCUCAGACACUGUGCCUCAGUGCUGGAGACAGUGGUCAAGACAGUGCCUGGGCUUGUCCAGGCUAUCUAUCUAAUGGCUAAAGUGAAAUUCCAAGCAGGUGAUAUUGAUGCUGCCCAAAGUAGCCUGAAACACUGUUUAGAACAGAAUCCAUCCCACGCCGAUGCUCAUCUGCUGAUGGCACAAAUUUACCUGUUACAAGGAAAUUUUAAACUCUCUUCACAUUCCCUGGAACUGUGCCUGAGUUAUGAUUUCGAGGUGCGGGAACAUCCUCUGUAUCACCUGAUUAAGGCACAGGUCCAGAAAAGAAUGGGACAGGUGCAAGAAGCCAUUCAAACCCUACAGAUAGCCAUGGCUCUACCAGGAAGGAAGAGAUCUGGUAGUUCUUCAAAAUCCAAAAGUAGAAAAGUGGAAAUCAGCCCCACUGACUGUGUGUCCAUCUUCCUGGAGUUAGCAGAAGCCCACUGGCUGAAUGGAGAACAGCACGAAGCAGCUAAAGUGAUGCAGGAUGCCAUCAACGAAUUUUCUGGGACUCCAGAAGAGCUGCGCGUCACUAUAGCUAAUGCAGACCUGGCUCUGCUUCGGGGGGACACAGAACUGGCCCUUAGUAUGCUUCGGAACAUUACGCCAGAGCAGCAGUACUACAUUCAGGCCAAAGAAAAAAUGGCAGACAUUUAUCUGCAUUACAGAAAGGAGAAGCGCCUCUAUGCUAGUUGUUACAGAGACUUGGUGGAGAAACUGCCUAGCUCCCAUACAUAUCUCUUAUUGGGAGAUGCCUAUAUGAACAUUCAAGAGCCAGAAAAGGCAAUUGAAGUCUAUGAACAAGCGUUAAAGAAAAGCCCCAAGGAUGGUGCCUUGGCCAGCAAGAUUGGUAAAGCCCUGGUUAAAACUCACAACUAUUCUAAGGCAAUCAAUUACUAUGAAGCAGCACUCAAGAAUGGUCAGCAGAAUUUCCUUCGUUAUGACUUGGCAGAGCUUUUACUUAAACUGAGGCAGUGUGAAAAAUCAGAAAAGGUUUUACAACAGGCACUAGAUCAUGAAACAGUGAAUGAUCUCGCUGAACUAACUGAAGAUGGCCGCUAUCUAGUUCUUUUAGCCAAAAUUCAAAGCAAAAUGGAGAAAAGUGAACAGGCUCUACUCUCCUUACAGAAAGCGAGAGACGUGCAAGCUCGAGUGUUGAAGCGGGUGCAGCUGGAGCAGCCUGAUGCAGUUCCUGUGCAGAAACAGCUAGCAGCAGAGAUCUGUGCAGAGAUUGCCAAGCACUACACAUGUCAAAGAGACUAUGAGAAAGCCAUCAAAUUCUACAAAGAGGCGCUUGUUUAUUGUGAGAGUGAUAACAAGGUGAUGUUGGAGCUGGCACGGUUAUACCUUUCUCAGGAUGACACAGAAGCAUGUCAGCAUCAAUGUACAGUACUUCUUAAAAAUGAUCAGGAUAAUGAAGCUGCAACCAUGAUGAUGGCUGAUCUCAUGUUCAGGAAGCAGGAUUAUGAGCAAGCUGUUUUCCACUUUCAACAGCUUUUAGAGCGUAAACCAGACAACUACCCAACACUGUCACGUUUAAUUGACUUGUUAAGAAGAGCAGGAAAACUGGAAGAGGUCCCAAAAUUUCUAGAGAUGGCAGAGAAGCAUUCUUCAAGAGCAAAGCUAGACCCAGGAUUUAACUACUGCAAAGGGCUUUACCUGUGGUUCACGGGGGAGCCUAAUGAUGGUCUUCGACAUUUUAACAAGGCUCGCAAAGAUAAUGACUGGGGGCAAAAUGCUGUUUACAACAUGAUUGAAAUUUGCUUGAAUCCAGACAAUGAUACAAUGGGAGGUGAAGUGUUUGAAAAUCUAGAUGGUGACAUUGGUAACUCCACAGAGAAGCAAGAGUCUGAACAGCUGGCUGUAAGAACAGCAGAGAAACUCCUGAAGGAGCUGAAACCACAGACCCCUGAUGGGCAUGUUCAGUUACAUAUCAUGGAGAACUACUGCCUCUUGGCAACCAAGCAGAAAGCAAAUGUUGAAAAGGCACUAAAUGUUUUCACAGAAAUUGCAAACACAGAGAAAGAUCAUGUGCCUGCACUGCUUGGUAUGGCAACAGCUUAUAUGAUUCUGAAGCAGACUCCAAGGGCAAGGAACCAACUGAAACGCAUUGCAAAAAUGAACUGGAAUGCCAUAGAUGCAGAUGAGUUUGAGAAAAGCUGGCUGCUUUUGGCUGACAUUUAUAUUCAGUCGGGAAAAUAUGACAUGGCAGGGGAAUUACUAAAGCGCUGCCUUCGUCAUAAUAAGUCCUGUUGUAAAGCUUAUGAAUAUAUGGGCUACAUCAUGGAAAAGGAACAAUCAUACAGGGAUGCUGCACUAAACUAUGAAAUGGCAUGGAAAUAUGGAAAUCAAACCAAUCCCACUAUUGGGUACAAGCUUGCAUUCAAUUACUUGAAAGCAAAAAGAUAUGUUGAUGCCAUUGAUAUAUGCCAUAAGGUUUUGGAUGCACACCCUAAUUAUCCAAAGAUGAGAAAAGAUAUUCUUGACAAAGCACGAGCAGCUUUAAGAUCCUAGGUCAAAGUUUCUUAGUGUAUUAUUUUUAUUUAUGGACACAGUGGUUUUGACUCUUUACACGUACAAAAUUCAGCGCAACUGGGAAUAUUUUAAAAGUCCUUUUCUUUUUAGUAUUGGAAACAACUGCCUAUUAAAACCAUGUAAAGAAUUUAAAUCAUAGUGAUAUGUUCAUUUGUACUUUACACUUUUGUUUGAGCAAAGUGCAUCAUAUAGUAACUGUAAAAAUGAAAAUGUAGUUGUCACUACAUCUUGAAACGAUUUUGAUUGAUGAUUAGUGACUGUCAGUUUUCAAAAACAUCAGUGCUUCUAUUGUUGUGUGUAAUAAACAUUAUGAAAUUGUGUUUUAUGUAAUUAAAACCAAGUGUUAAAACAGCAGCUCACUAUUAAUAUUGAUAAUAUUGUUGUGAACUGCUGCUAAGAGGUGACAGAGGUGAUAACAUGCCCAUUACAUGUGCACAUGGGCAACUAAUAAACCUCAGGGUACUGCUCUAGUCAUUUUUCAGCACUGCAAAUUGGCUCAGAGGUUGGAUGUAUUGUAAAUCUAGGUGAGAUCUUAUCGUGAUUCACCUUACAUAUUCUCAUGUAGACUUGCCUAUUGUUUAGUGGAAGCUCUACCCUCUUUGCAGGAAGGUCUUUUGCUAUAGAUGGUUGUAUUUUUUGUACUGCUGGCAUUCCCCUUGUAGGAAGUCUGCCAAUAAAUUAUACAUAAAAUGUU